CCUUACCACGCGAUUUUUACGAAUUUCCCAUGUGCCAGAUUCUAUAAGAUUUUGUUGAUCGUGUGUUUAUUUUACAAAUUUAAUAAUUUUGGUUUUAAACUAAAAUAGCUAUGCCAAGUAAUUUUUUCUUAAGAAAGAAAGCCAAAUCUGCUUCAACAAAAAGAAAAAAGGAUGAUGCAGAUGUUUCUAAUAAAAAGAAAAAACAUGAAAAGAUUAAGCCAAGUCAAGAAGAAAUCUCAAGUGAUGAAGAUGAUAGUGGACAUGAUCCUGGCUAUCCUGAAGAAUCAUCAAGUGAAGAGGAAACCGAGCAAGAAAAGAAACUGAGGCUUGCAAAAAAAUAUAUUGCUAAAAUAGAAGAGGAAGAACGUGAAAAAAAUUCUCUUGAUGAUACUAGAGAAGCGGUGGCUCAAAGGUUGAAAGAAGAAGCUUUAGAAGAAGCUGGGCGUUUGCUAAAGAAAAAAGCUCAUGAGUAUGAAAAUGUUGUUCCUGAACCAGCAGCCAUUUUUAGGGGGCAUAAAUUAAGUAUAACAGCUUUAGCUAUGUCAACUUCUGAAAAAUUUUUCUUUAGUGCUGCGAAAGAUUGUUUUAUUAUAAAAUGGAGUACAGAAGAAAAGAAAAAAUUAAAAGCUAUACCUUGUGUCAAGAAGGGCACUGAUGAAACAAAGCCUGGACACUCCGGCCACAUACUUUCUUUAGCUUUGUCAUCUGAUGACAAAUUUCUGGCAUCGGGUUGCAGUAAUAAUAUUAUCAAUAUAUGGAAUCCUGAAACAUUGGAACAUUUGAAAACAUUCAAAGGUCAUAAAGGAGCUAUUACUGGUCUUGUCUUUCAAAGAAAUACACAUCAACUCAUUAGCUCAUCUAGUGACAGAUCAUUAAAAUUAUGGAAUCUUGAUGAAAUGGGAUACGUCGAGACUUUAUUUGGUCAUCAAGAUGAAAUACAUGGAAUUGAUUGUUUUAUUGGAGAGAAUGUUGUCACUUGUGGUGGACGAGAUAAUACCGUCAGAAUAUGGAAAAUUGCGGAGGAGUCCCAACUUGUUUUUCAAGGCCAUGGAGCCUCCAUCGAUUGUGUUGCAGUGUCUAGUUUUCAAAGUUUUGUAUCUGGUGGAGAUGAUGGAUCAUUACUUCUUUGGGGUACACAAAAAAAGAAACCCAUGUCUAAAAUAACAUUGGCCCAUGGAGAAGACCAAGAAUCUGAAGUGCCUAACUGGAUUGUUUCUGUAGCUUCUUUGCAAAACACAGAUCUUGUUGCCUCAGGCUCCAAAGAUGGAUUCAUUAGAUUAUGGAGGCGAGAUGAUGAUACUCAUACACUUGUCCCCAUUUCUAGAAUACCAGUAGAAGGAUUUGUAAAUAGUAUGAAAUUUUCCCCAUCUGGAAAGUACCUAAUAGCUGGAAUAGGUCAAGAGCAUCGUUUAGGUAGAUGGUGGAGAAUAAAAGAAGCUAAAAAUUCAAUAGUUUUAUAUUCAUGGCCAAAUAAAAGUUAAUAUUGUAAAA